CUAGGUCAGCUGAGCUACUCCUAAACCAGCUUCACACCAUCCACACGAACCGAGUGCAGAGUAUGAAGGAGCCAUUUCCGGACAAGUUCGCUUUGGCGAGGUGCCUCGAUGGGUACAUUGGUGGAGUGCUGGACGAUUCCGAGAAGAACAACCUCGAACUGAAGAUGCUCUUUGGUCUUUUGAAGGCGCUCCAAAAGAAUUCCCACCAAGAGCUGCAUCGGGUUCUCAAAGAGCUUGGGUUUGAGGAAAACAAUAAGCUCACCGACCUCCGUAAGCUCGGGAACGGAUUCUCAGACCUCGUGGAGAGUACCGACCCCUUCCUCCUGGCUCGGCAUAUGCAUAUCCCAUUUUACAUCAUGAAACGAAUCGUAUCCCAGAUGACGGCCAGAGAAGAACGUGCAGCACGGAGAAGGUACGUGAGCUCAAGAAACUUAUACCAGACCCAUUCGUUCAUUCAUCAUGCCCUCUUCCUGUACUCUGAAUGUCUGCUGACUUGGGACCCGCCGUUCAGAGCCAUCCAGGAAGAGCGGAAGGCACAAGAGAGAGCCGGAAGAGGCGGGGAACCUAACACCUCGUACAAAUGCCGCGUCCUCCUAAGCUGCUUCGUGUGGAUGGGGCAACUAUCCCUAGGAGGAAGCCUCGACAGGGUGAUGCAGAAGGUCCAGCUCCGGCUCGCCGAUGACGAAGAGAGAAACGCAUUCGAAUGGCCCUUCAGCGCACCUGCAAGAUUCAACAUUCUAGUCAAUGGAGAGGAGACUAGCGAGGAAGACGCAAACGAUAUGGAUGUUAUCUGGGACUGGUUCGAAAGACAGGAGGAACAUUCGUUGUUCUCCUUUGUCUUCAGGAUCUCGAGGCUGGGCGUUGUUGGUUCGUUUCCCGAUGACCUUACUCUGCUGAGGAAAGAGGACUAUAGUAGACACGAGUCUUCAUCGUACUAGACUUUAUCUACUUUCGGUUCAGGAUUUCGAGAUACGCGAUUAUGAGGAAGGUUUGGUGUCGGUAAUUGGCUUCGCUUUGAUGUAAUGCGCUUUUUGGUAGAACCGGGACGAGACCUUGUCUAAUUAUCCGGCAUCUUCGCGUCGUUUC